AUGACCUCGGACCUUGCGGUACCCGGACGAGGCGACGCCAUGUCUACCGCGCCGGCCCCGGGCGGAGGAAGCGCGGCCUUUGACGGCGUGGACAUCGCGGUCCUGGUGCUCUACUUUGUUUUGGUGUUGGCUGUGGGCUUUUGGUCCAUGUGGAAGACUAAGCGCAGCACCGUGGACGGUUACUUCUUGGCGGGGAAGAGUAUGACCUGGUGGCCGGUGGGGGCCUCACUUUUUUCCAGUAACGUCGGCAGCGGGCACCUGAUCGGACUGGCCGGUUCGGGCGCGGCGGCGGGAAUCGGCGCCAUCGCCUACGAGUGGAACGGAAUGUUCAUGGCGCUGCUCCUGGCCUGGAUUUUUCUGCCCAUUUACCUGGCUUCAGGGGUGACGACCAUGCCAGAAUAUCUACAGCGCCGAUACGCCGGGAGAAGAACUCACUUGUUUAUCGCCGUUUUGAGCUUGUUCAUUUACAUCUUCACCAAGAUAUCGGUGGACAUGUAUGCCGGUGCCUUAUUUAUCAAGAUGGCUUUGCAGUGGGACAUCUACCUGGCUUUGGUGCUCCUGCUAUCUGUCACGGCACUCUACACCGUGGCGGGCGGUCUAGCUGCAGUCAUCUACACCGACGCUGCUCAAACGGUGAUCAUGCUCGCCGGAGCGCUCGUCCUCAUGGGCUUCAGUUUUGCAAAGGUGGGAGGCUGGAAUGCUCUGUUCGAGGGCUACAUGGACGCCAUCCCAUCUGUUCGAGCGGCCAACACCACGUGCGGUCUCCCCCGAGAGGACUCCUUCCACAUUUUCCGGGACCCCGUGGACUCGGACCUUCCGUGGCCCGGCCUCAUCGUUGGCAUGUCUAUUCCUUCCAUGUGGUACUGGUGCUCCGAUCAGGUGAUCGUUCAGCGCUCGCUGGCCGCCAAAACGUUGACUCAUGCAAAAGGCGGCUCCUUGCUGGCCGCUUACCUCAAGAUUGUACCGUUCUUUGCCAUCAUGUUGCCCGGCAUGAUCAGCAGGAUACUUUACACGGAUGACGUGGCGUGUGCCGAUCCGGAGCGGUGCAAGCGGAUCUGCGAAAACCCGGUGGGAUGUAGCGACACCGCCUACGCCAGACUGGUGGUUGAGCUUCUUCCCGCCGGACUGCGAGGUCUAAUGAUGGCUGUGAUGAUCGCCGCACUGGUCUCCUCGCUCACCUCCGUCUUCAACAGCGCCAGCACCAUUUUCACCAUCGACCUGUGGAAGACCUUCCGAUCCGGGGCCACCGAGUGGGAGCUCAUGAUUGUCGGGAGGGUUUUUGUGCUAACGCUGGUGGUGGCGUCCAUUUUGUGGAUUCCCGUCAUUCAAGCUAGCCAAGGGGGGCAACUCUUUAUCUACAUCCAGUCCAUCAGCACCUACCUGCAACCGCCCGUUUCCAUUAUCUUCUUCCUGGGCUGCUUCUGGACUAGAACUAAUGAGAAGGGUGCUUUCUGGGGCGUGGCCGUGGGGCUGACGGUCGGGUGCACCCGCAUGAUUCUGGACUUUAUUUACCCGGCCCCGCCGUGCUACGAGCAGGACCGAAGGCCCGCCGUGGUGGCGUCGGUCCAUUACCUUUACUUCUCCACCUUGUUGUCGUUCAUCACGCUGACGGUGGUCGUGCUGGUCAGUCUGGCGACGGAGAAGCCCGGAGCGGAGCAGAUCGAUCGUCUGACUUGGUUCACGAGAUAUGCCCCCAGAGAGCCGACCUCGUCGGAGGUCGCGGGUCACGAGAUGGCGCCGGUCGGGUUGAAGCCAGAAGACGAGCGCGCCAGAAAAGACUCGGCGUCCGGUGCGCGACAGCCGUCCAGGCUGUUGUCCGCGCUCUACUGGUUGUGCGGGAUGGAGCGGCGGAAAAAGGAGGCGGAGAAGGGUGCCUUCCGAGCAGAGCCCGUCGUUCCCGACCUCCAUCUACUCAAGGAAGAUCCGCGUCUGAAAAAAGUGGUCAACGCCAACCUGUUGCUUUGCCUUAGCGUGGCCGUGUUUGUCAUCGGCUACUGGGCUUGAGGAGGGCCACUCCCUUCCAGUCCAACUCAACAAGACUGCUGCAGGCCUAUCAGUUUUUCUUUCUGGCCACCGUCAACUAAAAAAUGUCUCCUUGACACGCUAUUUUUUUUCCUUCUAAAACAGGGGUGCCCAAGUCCAGUCCUCGAGAGCCUCUAUCCGCUUUGUUUUCUGUGUCUCCCGCCUCCAACACACCUGAAUCAAAUAAUCGGAAUUGUUAUCAGGCUCCCGCUGAUCAUUUGAUGCAGCUGUGUUAAAGGAGGUCGACGUGGAAAACAAGCCGUAUAGGUGCUGGAGAACCGGACUUGGGCCACACUGUUCUAAAAAAUUAGAUGCGGAGUUUGACUUUUGGAGCGGGGGGGCACAACAUGUUCUUGACCCAGAAACGCAGUGUCAGCAAUAAAAUGAACUUACAAGAACAUUUAUAAUAAUAAGUUGAAAAUGAGCGUUUUUUUCCCCAUCAUUUUUGAGGGCAAUUCUAAAUCAGGCUGCUUAGGACAGCUAUCAUUUUCGCCAAGAUCGUCAUCCAUUGAAUAUGGUACACCCACCGGUGGUGGCUCUGUUGUACAAUUAACAUCUUUAGUGGGGCAGAUUGAUACUCGACUCACUAUUUUGGCGGUGCGCUCUGGCGUUUCGUCCAUCCAUCAUCUGCCGCUUAAUCCGGGGUCGGGUUGCGGGGGCAGCAGCUUUAGCAGGGAUACCCAGACUUCCCUCUCCCCAGCCACUACAACCAGCUCCUCCAGCGGGAUCCCAAGGCCUUCCCAGGCCGGCCGAGCGACACAGUCUCUCCAGCGUGUUCCGGGUCGUCCCCGGGGGCUCCCGCCGGUGGGACAUGCCCGGAACACCUCUCCAGGGAGGCAUCCGAACCAGAUGCCCGAGCCACCUUAACUGGCUCCUCUAAACGCAGAGGAGCGGCUCGACACGGAGUCCCUCCCGAAUGACAGAGCUUCUAACCCUAUCUCUGAGAGCCCGGACACCCUGCGGAGGAAACUCAUUUUGGCCGCUUGUACAUCUUGUCCUUUCGGUCACGACCCACAGCUCGUGAGCAUAGGUGAGGGUAGGAACCUAGAUUGGCCGGUAAAUCGAGAGCUUCACCUUUCGGCUCAACUACUACGAACCGGUGCAGCGUCCGCAUCGCUGCACUGAUCUGGCUGUCGAUCUCAUUCAUGAACAGGACCCCAAGAUACUUGAACUCCUCCACUUGGGGCAGGAUCUCAUCCCCGACCCGCAGAGGGGAUGCCACCCUUCUCCGACUGAGGACCAUGGUCUCAGAUUUGGAGGUGAUGAUUGAAGGAAUUCGGCCUCCCAGCCAAGCCGCCAGAACCGCAACAGCCGAAACAGUAGGUAUCCCGCUGGCGCAGCCCCAGCAAGUCGACCGGAAAGCCAAAAUCCGCGCGUUCACUCUAGUGUUAACACGUUGUACUGUCUCCAUUUUGAACGGUUCAAAGAAAGCUCACCGGGAACAAAUUGACAAUUUAUUCGGAUCGAUGGAGAUCAAAACGGCAAACAGAUACACUCAACACAAGGUCACCCUAUCUUAUGUCAAUAAAAGUUCCCAAGAAAAAUGACAACGCUUAGUUAAACAUGAGUCUUUUGAAGGCUCUCACGGGGCGGUCCGUGGGCAGGAAGAGGAGUGUUUUUGGGAUUAUUGUUUGUCUGUGGAUUGGACAGGAGGAUUUGGGAGUUACUGUUGUCCGGGCAACGAGGAUGUGGGUUUUUUUUUUGCCACCUGGGCGUCAACGGGGCUCUUGGAGUCUUGUCAUUCGUGUUAUCAGUUGGAUAUCAGGUGUUCUCCUGCAUUCCUCGUGUUAGGAUAGACAGUUCUGCCCUUUGUCGUGGACAGUCCAGGAGAACUGGUUGCGAGACUUGGUGGUGCAGACGUGGGCUUGUCAGCGUCAGUCUUGCUCAGUGCACACGUUGGGCUUCCGUGAUAAUCCAGAGGCACUGUCCCCGAUGUCCACGCAAUGUUGUAGAGGCGUGUCAGCCACGACAGCCCCACAACAUACGGAGCCUUUAGGAACUCCGUGCGGAUCUCAUCGACCCCGAGGGCCUUUCCGCCGAGGUUUCCAACCACCUCAGUGACUUCGACCCCAGAGAUCGGAGAGCCCAGCUCUAAGUCCCCAGACUCUGCUUCCUCAAAGGAAGGCCUGUCGGUGGAAUUGAGGUCUUCAAAGUAUUCUCCACACCGACUCACGUCGUCCCGAGUUGAGGUCAAAAGUACCCCAUCUCCACUAUACACAGUGUUAAUGGUGCACUGCUUUCCUCUCCACAGACACCGGCUGGUGGACCAGAAUUUCCUCGAGGCCGUCCGGAAGUUGUUUUCCACGGCCUCGCCAAACUCCUCCCAUGUCCCGUGAGUUUUUGCCUCGGCGACCGCCGAAGCCGCAGUCCGCUUGGCCAGCCGGUACCUGUUUUGGCGGUGCUUUCUGGCAUUUCAUGGUCCAAAUUUUCAAUCCUUGGUUCUUGCUCAGUAGUUUUCGCUUUUGAAAGCUUAGGUUUGAAAAAAAAAAAAGAAAUAUAUCCAUCUUGCCUCUUUGGUCCUUAGGUGGUUUUGGCUAAGCAAAGCAAAUAGCGUCUAAGGUGCAAGGUCUGUUUGGAAAAAUAAUUUCGAUCCAUUAUUUUUUUCAUUUCAUUCAUUCAUUUUUGUUGUUUUUUUGCGUUUUUAUAGGCAAUAUUUUAGCAGAAAACUCUUAAUUUUAAAAUCAAAUAUAGGAAAGUCAAUAAUAAUAAUAAUAAUAAUAGGAGGCGGGGGACUUGGAUAUUCUGGAAAUGUUAUUUACUUAAAUUAGUGAUGAAGCGAUAUGAAAACUCUUGGCCAAAACCGAUUCGUACACUAUGUAUACUUUUACAUUUACUUUUUGAGGUGGGGGGAAAAAGUACAAAUGACUUCCCAUAUUUAUAACAAAAAAAUAAAAAGUGAAAAUAUUACAUUCCUACAAUUGCACUUUGUGUGUGGAUUUUUGAAGAUCUGCUCAAACACAAACACACAAAUGAACCAUUUUAAUUUGUAGUAAAUAAUGUCCACUCUGACGGCGAUAUCCAUUUAGACCUCUACUGCCGUCCGUCCCCGUUAAAAUGGAUGGGCUGUCUGUUAUCAGCAAUGGCAGCGAAUGAGUUGAUCGGACCAGCGUCAAGUUUGGAACAAACUUUAAUCAUCACAAGUAAUAUGGCAGCGACCGUAAAAAGGAGCUAAAAAGAGCCCAAGAUUGUCAAGAAAAGUGCGAGUUGAGAAAAUUUGACCUUUUCAUAUUUUAGGUCAAAGCUUUCCUCAAAUUUUGGGAGUGGAAUUUGCCAGCGUUGGAAUAUUAGAUGCUUAAAUAACAAAUAGAAUCUCAUAAAAUCAGUCUAAUAAAAUAUUGAUCUCAAAGUAAUGGUACCCCUUUUGCUAAAAUACUAUAUGAAAACCGGAAGCAAAUAUGUGCCAAUAUUGCACUUUAGGUCAACGACAACCAGCGAUGAAGCAACACGGCCCCGCCCCUCCCCUCUCUUUGGUCCUCUCAAUUACACGAGCACUUUACAAUCUGCUUGUGCCUUAAAUAGAUUAACAAGGAAAAAGAUUGUCAUAAA